AUGGAAAAGUCCAAUCUGGCACCCGGCGACGAGGGUACUUACCAGCGCGUGGAGACUCCACGUGCCACAGCUGUGGACGUUCAUGACCCAGCCAAGCCUACAAGUACCAAAGAGAAGGGAACUGCCAGUGAAUCUGGAAGUUCGAAGUCUAACCUUCGAGACGAGAUGGUCCACGACGGCCCCUCUUCGUUCAAUAUAUCGCAUCUGUAUCGGUACGCUACAACUUUCGACAAGGUGUUGCUGGUGAUCGGUAUCAUCACGACCGGGGCGAACGGCGCGUUGUACCCUCUUAUGGCCAUUGUCUUCGGUGACGCACUCACGGGAUUCACGACUACUCCUGUGGACUUGGACAAGGUGAACAAGGCAGCACUCAACUUCCUGUACAUCGCCAUCUUCAUGUUCAUUACGGACUACGUGUCGUACGUGGCGUUCUACUACAGUGCAGAGCGCCAGAUGAAGGCUCUGAGGGGUGAGGCACUCAAGCACAUGUUGUAUCUGGACAUCAGUUGGUACGACGCCCACGAUGCACUGAAGCUGUCGAGUCGAUUGACAGGAGACACAGUGAGGAUCAAGGACGGAAUGGGUCACAAACUGGGCGACGCUUUUCGAUAUACCAUCCAGUUUUUCGUGGGUCUUAUCAUCGGUUUUACCCGUGGAUGGGAUGUUACGCUCGUGAUGGCCAGUGUGAUGCCGCUCAUGGCUAUUUCCCUCAGUUGGUUGAUCAAGACGUUCACUGUCAUGGCUGAAUUCGCUCAAAAAGUGUAUGCGGAGGCCGGUUCCGUGGCGGAGGAGACGCUGGGUUCUAUUCGUACUGUAGCAUCGCUGAAUGGCGAACAGAAGGCUGUGCAGAAAUUUGAAAAGAAGGUACUCGAGGCGGAGAAGCAGAAUAUCAAGCUGAAUAACGUGUCGGCGUACGGUGGCUGGAAGGCUUCGAAAGGUGAUACUACACCCGGAGAUGUGUUUGCUGCCUUCUUCGGUGUCAUGAUGGGUACCGGAUCGUUAGGGCAGGUCUCGCCGAAUAUUUCUGCAGUGUCCAAGGCUGCUGGUGCGGCCGAAGAGCUGUUUGCCAUCCUGGAUACACCUAGCGCCAUUGAUGCUGAGAAAGAGGACGAGGGGAUUAUUCCAGACAAGUGUGAAGGCAAGAUCGAGGCUGUGAAUGUCAACUUCACUUAUCCAAGUCGUCCUGACGCUCAGAUCCUGCGCGACUACAAUGUCACUAUCGAACCUGGCCAAACGGUGGCGUUCGCGGGUGCCAGUGGUGGUGGUAAGAGUACUUUGAUUGCUUUGAUCGAGCGAUUCUACGACCCCACCAGCGGAACGAUCUACCUUGACGGUCGGGAUGUCAAGACGUUGAACGUCAAGUGGCUACGUUCACAGAUCGGUAUGGUUUCGCAGGAGCCGGUGCUGUUUGCCACGACAAUCUUCGAGAACAUCGCUAUGGGGGGAGACAACGUGACUCGUGAAGAAGCUAUCGAGGCUUGCAAGUUGUCGAACGCACACAACUUCAUCAUGUCACUACCGGAGAACUACGAUACACUGGUCGGUGAGAAGGGUGUGUCUCUGUCUGGAGGUCAGAAGCAACGUGUUGCUAUUGCACGGGCUAUCGUACGUAAGCCGAACAUCUUGGUGCUGGAUGAAGCUACGAGUGCACUGGACAAUGAAAGUGAGAAGAUCGUUCAGACUGCUUUGAACAACCUGAUGGCUACAACGAACAUGACGACGCUGGUGAUCGCUCAUCGACUGAGUACAAUUCGUAAUGCUGACAAGAUUGUGGUACUGAAAGAAGGCCACAUUGUGGAAAGCGGCACUCACGAUGAACUUUUAAAGAUUGCGCACGGCAUCUACCAGAACAUGUACCGUAUCCAGGAGUUGCGGUCACAAGAAGAGCAAAAGGAGGCAGAGCAACGUGAGGCAGUACAAGAUCUGCAGAGUAUAAAGAUGUCACGUGCGUUGAGUGCUGUGUCGACAAAGACGGACAUCUCAGUCAGCGCCGUGGAGACGAAUUCGUUGGACAAGAAGCCGUUCAACUUCGCCGACAUGCUGAAACUCAACAAGUUGGAGCUUAACUAUUUCAUUCUUGGACUCGUCGGCACUUUCGUAGGAGGCAUCGCGCAGCCAGCUUCUGCUCUACUGAUCACGGGCAUGAUCACCGCUAUGACCAAGCAAUUUGGACAAUUCCAGAGCUCCGGCGACAGAUCUCACUUGGCUUCGAUGUACGACGACGUGGAGCUGUACGGUAUUCUGUACAUCGCUGGUGCAGUGGUGAUCGGGAUCUUCACGUACCUGCAAAUGUACUGCUUCACAUACAUGCAAGAGAAGAUCACGACGCGCUUGCGAACUGAUAACUUCAAGGGUUUGUGUCGUCAAAAUGUCGGAUUCUUCGAUGAGAAGGAGAACGCCACGGGUGCCUUGACCGCUGACCUCGCCACGAACGCCACCAAGGUGUCGAUGUUGUCUGGUGAGUCCCAGUCUGCCUUUUUCCAGGGUCUUUUCACGCUGUUUGCGGCUCUGGUGAUCUCGUUCGGGUUUGGUAGUUGGCUGCUCUCGCUUGUCAUGUUGGGGCUCAUUCCAUUGCUGUUGUUCGGAGAGAUAGCGCGCAUGAAAGAGAUGGAAAGUGCUGGGCUCAUCUCGGACGAUCUUGCUAUCCCCGGCGCGCACGCUUCCGAAGUUCUCAGCAAUAUUCGCACUGUGGCCGCUUUGGGGAUUGAGAAAAGGUCUGCAGACUUGUUCGAUGAGUUGCUGCAAGAACCUCUUCGUAAGGGCCGCAAAGAAGCACAAGUGAAUGGUUUGUCACUUGGCUUCAGCUCGUUCAUUAUGAUGGCGACGAACGCGUUGAUCUUCUGGUUUGGUGGUAAGAAAGUGGACGAUGGGACCAUUGGAUUCGAAGAGAUGAUGCGAACGCUGAUGGCAAUUACUAUGUCGGUCCAAACUGUGAGUAUGGCGUCCAGGUUCUUGAGCGACGCACCGAAAGCAUUUAAGGCUGGCUCAACCAUCUUCGCGAUUCGAGACCGAGUCACUACAAUCGACUCGUUUAGUCCGGAUGGUCUCCGUUUGGCCAAGGUCGAGGGUCGUCUUGAGUUCAGAGAUAUCUCGUUCAGAUACCCUACUCGUCCAGAGAUCAACGUGCUUAAGCACUACAAUCUCACUAUUGAGGCUGGUCAGACCGUCGCCUUCUGUGGCCCCAGUGGUGGUGCAAAAGAGCCAGUUAGGUAA